AUGGUAAAACGCUUCUUAAGCCAUGGCCUUCCCUCCAAAUUCCAUAUUCCCAUUUUUCGAAACUGCCCAAGUCCUCUUUCUGUAAAAUCCCUCUGCCUCUCCUCCUCCUUCGGAGAUCCGACAACCCAAACUCGAUUGCAGGAAGAGAUUCGAAAGGUCCGGAUACUCCUCCAGCAGAAUCGGAUUGAGACCGCAAAGAGGCACCUCAAAAAUCUGAUUUCUUCGCAUUCGGUUUCACAACUCUACACUCUCUACUCCCAAUCCUCACCACUCACCAAUACAAAACAUAUUUUCAAUGACACGAUUUUGUCAGUCUAUGCUGAUUCGAAGCUCCCCAAUGAGGCCACCCAACUCUACAAUUUGAUACGGAAAGAUGGUAAUUUUCCUUCUCUCUCGGUGUUCAAUUUGUUUCUUGAAUGUUUGGUGGGUGCAAGUCAAUUUGAGAAGAUGCUCGAGAUAUUUUCCGAUGCUAUGGAUUCUAAUAUUUGGGUAGAUAAAUUUAGUUAUGGGAAAGCUAUACAAUCUGCUGUAAAGUUGAGGGAUUUGAAAAGGGGUUUGGAGUUGAUGAAUCAUAUGAAAAAACGUGGUUUGAAUCCUAAUGGGUUUGUGUAUAAUGUCUUGAUUGGUGGAUUAUGCAAAGUGAAGAGAGUUUAUGAAGCUAAGAAUCUGUUUGAUGAAAUGCUCAAGAGCAGAGUGGUGCCAAAUAUAGUUACUUAUAAUAGUCUUAUAGAUGGGUAUUGUAAAAUGGGCGCUUUAGAUCGUGCAUUUAAUUUGAAGGAAAAGAUGAAAAGUGAUAAUGUGGAGCCUAAUAUUGUAACAUUUAAUACAUUGCUUAGCGGGGUCUGUAGAAUGGGGAGGAUGGUGGAGGCAAACAGGAUUAUGGAGGAAAUGAAGCUCAUUGGGUUUGUGCCUGAUGGGUUUACAUAUAGCAUAAUGUUUGAUGGGCAUUCACGAUGUGGAAAUGCAGAGGCUUCGAUGGUGUUGUAUGAAGAGGCUGUAAAAAAAGGGUUGAGGAUUAAUGAGUAUACUUGUAGCAUUUUGUUGAAUGGGUUCUGCAAGGAAGGGAAGAUGGAUAAGGCUGAAGAGGUUUUGAAGAAGUUGAAGGAAAAUGGGGUUGUUUUAACAGAGGUGAUGCUGAAUACCAUGGUGAAUGGAUAUUGUAAAGUGGGUGACAUGGACAAGGCACUUUUUGUUGUUGAAGAAAUGGAAAAUUUUGGGGUCAAACCAAGUUGCAUUACAUUCAAUUCGGUAAUCAGCAAGUUCUGUGAGUUGAGUAAGAUGGACGAUGCCAAUGAGUGGUUUAAGAAGAUGAGGGAGAAGGAAAUUUGUCCAAGUGUGCAGUCAUAUAACAUUCUAAUUGACGGUUAUGGCCGGAGUUGUCAGUUUGAGAAGUGUUUACAAAUUCUUGAAGAAAUGGAAAAUAAUGGGUUGAAGCCUAAUGUCAUAUCCUAUGGUUCUCUAUUAAAUUUUUUAUGCAAGGAUGGCCGACUUCUUGAAGCUGAAGUACUCUUUAAGGAUAUGAUGAAUAAAAGCAUUUGGCCAAAUGUGCAGAUAUAUAAUAUACUCAUAGAUGGUCAUUGCACAAGAGGACAUAUAAAAGAUGCUUUUACAUGUUUUGAGGAGAUGUUAAGAAGUGAUAUAGCCCCAACCCUUGUGACAUACAAUGCACUCAUUAAUGGGCUCUGUAAAAAGGGUAAGGUUGAGGAAGCUGAAAACUUAGCCCUUCAGAUAAAAAAUAAAGGUUUAAUUCCUGACGUUAUCACAUACAAUUCCUUAAUCUAUGGGUACUCAAAUGCAGCUGAAACUGAGAAGUGUUUGGAGUUAUAUGAGGAGAUGAAAACAUCUGGUAUAAAACCUACAUUAUACACAUAUCAUCCUUUAAUAAGCAUUUGCAAAAAGGAAGGACUACAUCUUGUAGAGAAAAUUAUUCAAGAAAUGGCCCAGAUUAACCUGAUUCCAGAUAGAAUUGUAUAUAAUGAGCUCAUUCAUUGUUGUGUAGAGCAUGGAGAUGUUUGCAAGGCAUUUGCCUUACAUAGUGAGAUGGUAAAUCAUGGAUUUACCCCUGACAAGAAGACAUAUAAUAACUUGAUUAUGGGGCGGUUAAAAGAGAGAAAGUUUGGGGAAGCUAAUGAUCUUUUUGAUGAAAUGAAAGAAAGAGGAUUGGUUCCCAAUGACAACACUUUUAACACACUAAUUGAGGGACAUUGCAAGUUUAAGGAUAUGGACAGGGCAUACAUUUGGUACAGAGACAUGCUGAGAGAGGGUUUUCUCCCAAAUGUUUCCAUUUGUAAACAGCUAAUCUCGGGCCUUAGAGAGGAGGGAAAGUUAAAGGAGGCUGAGAUUGGACAUUUCGCAGUUCAGCAUUUGGAAUUGUUGCCAAAAAGUAGCACAGAAAAGAUCUUGUUCAUAGUACUGCAGUGGUCCAUAUAUUGUAAAAGUGCUUCUACCCUUUCUGAAACAAUUUUAAGCAGAGCAAAUGAUGGAGAUGGAGGCUAA